CCCGAGUUGAAAUAGAUUUCAUGAAUCAUAAAUCAAAUAGAGCUACACAUACAGUUUAUUGCGACACAUAUGAUGUGUCACGGCCUGCAAAUUUCACUGAACCGGCACCAAGACAAAACAAUCGAACUAAAAGACGAAAAUUGGAAUUGGAUGAAGCAAGAAGACGUGCCACCAAAAAUUAUCAUCGCACCAAGUGGACUACAACCAAAACCGACAACAUUGGCUGCCUGUUAUCUUGGUAAAUUUGAUAGUUUCACCGAAGACUACCAGAAUGAUAGUGAUAGUGGUGCAUCAUUAUCAUCUUCGGAGAGCGAUCACAGUGACAACUACAGCGACUACAAUGACGAAUGCGAGUGAAAAGAGAUGAUGUUGGAUGAUGACAGCAACGAAUAUCAAUUAAGAUUAGUUUUAAGAGAAAAAUACAAAUGAUAAUACCAUUAUAGAACUUGGUUCUACGUCGUGUCAGUGCCUGCUGAAAAGUCGAAAGAGACUAUUCUUGCAGCAUAGGGCGCACACUAUUCGGCGAAUCCGUUCGAAAGAACUGGAGUGCUUUGAAUCAUAAAUCAAAAGCAGUUUUGAUAGUAACACGUUUAGUUCAAUAGAUGGAGCAGAAUGAACUGAAUAGUGGAGACGACAUAAACGAACGUCAGAUGUUUUAGUGUAAAUCUAGUUGAAUUUGUUGACUUUGACAUUUUGUAUUGACACAGUGUUUUGGUGUUGACGUUGGUAUUUGUAAUCGCCUGAGUGUUUCUCGUUGAGAAAUUGUCGUUGUUGUUGCUAUUUGUCAAGUUGAAGUUAUAUGGAAAAAGCCGCCGAUGACCUCAUCAUCGGUUGAUUGUAUACAUAAAACGUAAUCGAAGAAACGCCGAACAAACUAAGUAACAGUCACAACACAACACAACAUAAGAUCAAGCGUUCAGUUUUUCAGUUUCAAUUCAGAUGAAAGGUGCAUUCGUAUCACAGCUGAAUAUUUUUAUCGAAUAUCUCAAUCGUUCGUUUGUAUUUUACCAAAACCAAUUGAAUUUCAUUACGGUGUUCUUGUUCACAGUCCUAUUUGCAUUCUAUUCAAUCAUGGCAUCACAAGUACAAGUGACCGAUUUGACUAAGGGAAUUUCCAGUUUUGCAUUAGAUUUUUAUCAGGAAUGUGCUCAAUCGAAACCGGGUGAUGUAAUCAUUUCACCAUUAUCGGUUGCAAGUGCUCUUGCGCUUUUAUCCCAAGGUAGCGGUGGAAAUACGUUUGAACAAUUGAGACAGGGAUUACAUUUGACCGGCGACAAAGCCACGGCAGCCAAUCAAUUUGCCGAAUACUAUGGGCUACUGGAAAAAAGCGUUGGCAAAUCAACAUUAUCGAUUGCCAAUCAGAUUUACGUGCAAAAAGGCUAUGAAAUUAACAAAAAUUUCAAAGAAGUUGCGGUGAAGAAAUUUCAGUCGGGCAUCGAUGAAAUGAAUUUCGCUGAAAACGUUGCGAGUGCAAAAGCCAUCAAUAGUUUCGUCGAAGACAAAACCAAAGAGAAGAUUAAGGAUUUAAUCAAACCCGAUAUGCUCGAUGCCCUAACUCGUGUCGUUUUGGUCAAUGCCAUUUAUUUCAAAGGCAAUUGGGAAUAUCAAUUCAACAAGGAAAGCACCACCCAAGGUGAUUUCUAUAUCAGCGAAACCGAUACCGUUCCAGUUGACUUUAUGUACAUCAAAAAGAAAUUUAACUAUGCGGUUUUGGAGGAGUUGGACGCAACUGCACUUGAAAUGAAAUACGCCAAUUCCAACUUUUCAUUCGUCAUCGUUUUGCCGAACAGUCGCACCGGUUUGCCAGCACUUGAAGCCAAAUUGAAGAAUUACGAUUUGGCCAAAAUCACCGACCAAAUGCAUAAGCAUGAAGUUGAGGUUACGAUUCCAAAAUUCAAGGUUGAGUUUGAAAUCAGCUUGAAUGACGUUUUGAAGAAGAUGGGAAUGUCUGACAUGUUUUCCAAAUCUAAUGCUGAUCUAAGCGGACUUUUGGAAUCACCGGAACCAUUAUAUGUAUCGAAUGUGGUGCACAAAGCCUUCAUCGAAGUCAACGAAGAAGGUUCCGAAGCGGCUGCUGCCACAGCAGCCAUUAUGAUGAUGAAGUGCUCAAUGUUGAUUCAACGCCAAAGGAUCAUCUUCCGCGCCGAUCAUCCAUACAUUUACUUCAUUUCAGACACCACAAAUACCUGCCCCAUUUUCACUGGAUCCUAUACAAAACUUAAUUGAUAUGUGUGAAGAAAAUGUAUAUUUAGUGAUACAGUGAACGUUCAGACAUCUGAGGUCCCACAAAUCUCAAUCGUGCAAAAACCAACUACUUACGAUUUUCGAACGUUCACUGUAGAUGAAUUUGAUUUUUUCUUACAACACAUGGUAUGUGUAAGCACGCUUCCUAUAGCUAUAUGAUAUCUGUUACACCAAGCAGUGGUUUCUUGUUUUUCUUAUUUGUUAUUUGCACAGAGCUGUGUUAAACAUUAAAAAAUGCAAAACAUGCCCUUCCAAAAAAAAAAAAAAAAAUUCAACGAGAAAUUAUUCGAGAAUAUUUUAUUUUCAAGGAAUUGUGGCGAGAAUACGAUCACUUCCUGUCCGAAGAACAAUCUUUCGUGCAAAUCAUCCAUUUGUAUAUAGCGUAUUAAACACUGAAAAUGCCUGUCCAAUUUUUAUCGGUUCCCACAAAAAAAAAAUUGAUUAACCCAAAUGUGUAAUCACUGAUCAUUUAAAACCGCUGAUAAUUUAUUUAAAAAAUGAAAUCCUUUUUUGUGAAAUAAAAACAAAUCGGAUCUUUUAAACAGUUCGAACAAAUGUCCAUAAUUAAACCAUUUAAGCAUUUAAGAAGAAAGAAAAACGCUGGUCAAUGAAAACAAUUCAAUCUUAUUUUCGAAAGAUAUUUUAAUAAUCAUUGUCAAUAAAAUGUUUCAAAUCGGUAUUUCUGUUGGUUAAACUCAAUAUUCAUUUUAUUCAGUAGAAUUAACCGGUUAUAGAGCCACUUUUUUUUAAGUUUAUACUGUGAAUUGUGUUUGUCAAGUUAGAUCAAAUUAAUGAUGGGUAUUCGUUUUGCUUUUAAAGGUAUGACAAUUAUGUUCAUGUCACUAACGUAUCCGGAUGUAUUUUAUGUUGACCACCCAUUUGUGUAUUUCAUUCGAGAAACCACGAAGAGCACCAUCAUUUUCAGCGGUCGCACCGAAAAAUUCAAUCAAAAUUAAUUGUUAUCGAUAAGUCGAAAAAAGAAGUUUGUUUAAAAUUUUAAAAAAAAAAUCAAUGAACGGAGUUAAUGAAACGACCGCAAGAACAAUAUUUUUAGGGAAGGAAUCUAAUACUUUUUAAUUGUUUUUUUUUUAUGAUAGGGGAAAGAUCGCACAAUUAUUUUUUAGCUUAUACUAGCAAAAGCUUAUGUUUCACUGGUUUGGGAAUCAUUUGGGCAGCUUCGGUUGCAGCAAACACAAAUUCUUAUUUUGCAAACAAAAAAUCUAAAUAAAAUAAUACUUUUAUAAUCGAUUCAUGCUUCUCUUCAUACGAUUUAAAUGUUUCUAAUUUUUUACUUGGUUUUCAUGUUUUUUCGAAGAAAAUGAUUAAUAACAAACUCGUUUACUUUUUAAGGUAUGGUUGCGAAAACAUUUGCAAUGCCAAUGAACGAGUACUUUUAUGCUAAUCAUGCAUUUGUCUAUCACAUUUUGGACACAACAACUAAAACCACUAUUUUUAGCGGUCGUCUCACUAAACGUAAUUGAACUAUUGCCAAUGAAAAUCGAUAACAAAAUGUUUUAUAUGAAUUUUGGAAAGUGUUUGUGUUCUUUUUUUGGUGAAAUUGAUAGUAAAACAUUGAAAAUCAGCUAAACUGGGCUACCUACCUACUCUAACAAAUAAUCCCGUCUUAAUUUACUUAUGAUAAACGCACAUUUUAUGCACAAUAACAUUUGCUGUGAGAUGAUGAACAGAAAUUUGUUUUGCCAUUUUUUCAAAAAAAAAUUUAUAACUUGUAAAAAAUCGGUUUUUAAAUAUAUUUUUUCCAAAGGUGCGAUUAUGAUGAUGCGUUCCAUGCCAAUACACGAAGAAUUCAAGGCGAAUCACGCCUUUUUAUACUAUAUUAAGGAUAAUCUGUCAAACACUGUAAUCUUCAGUGGUCGCAGCAAAAACUUGAAGAAAGAAUAAAUCUGUUGAUAAAUCAUUUAUUGAUUGAAUACAUAGAACUCACAGUAUUUUUGUUGUAACUUUUAAAUGAAAAACAGUCGUAAUGACGACUAAAAUCACAUGGUUAUGGGUAAUAAACUAAUAAAUAAAAUUAUUGUUGUUAAGCACACUUGUGUGUAAAGUUCCAGUAAAUCAAAGAGAAAUAAAUAUAUUUUGUCCAAUUUUAAA